AUGGCGACCUCUAAUAACUUCCUCCGUAUCGGCCUCCAUGGCGCCGUACUGGCGCUGAUGUUCUUCUCCCCUGCAGAGGCGGGAGAGAUCGGCGUUUGCUGGGGGACGGUGGCCGACAACCUGCCGGACCAGUCGUCGGUGGUGCAGCUGCUGAAGAAGAACAGCAUCACGAUGGUGAGGAUCUACGACGCCGACCGGAAGGCGCUAACGCAGCUGGCCAACACCGGCAUCAAGGUGAUGGUCUCGCUGCCCAACGAGCUGGUGAGCUCCGCGGCGGCGAGCCCGUCGUACGCGCUGCAGUGGGUGAAGAACAACGUGGCGGCCUACUACCCGGCCACGCUGAUCAACGGCGUGGCCGUGGGGAACGAGGUGUUCGACCAGGCGCCCAGCCUAACUCCGCAGCUGGCGCCAGCGAUGAGGAACGUGCAGGCAGCGCUCGCCGGCCUCGGCCUCGCCGACGCCGUGAAGGUGUCGACGCCCGUCGCGUUCGAUGCCAUCAAGGUGUCGUACCCGCCGUCGUCGGGGGAGUUCAAGGACGAGCUCGUGCCGGUGAUGAGCUCCGUGCUCGAUUUCCUGCAACAGAGUAGCUCGUACCUCAUGGUCAAUAUCUACCCGUUCUUCGCGUACGCCGCUCAGCCAGACAAAAUCUCCCUCGCGUACGCGACGUUCGGUUCCAACGCCGGCGUGUUCGAUUCCACGAGCGGCGUCACGUACUAUAGCCUCUUCGACGCCCAGCUCGACGCUGUGUACUACGCGAUAGACCGGGUUAAUUCUGCAGGUGGUAGCCGUAGAGCGAGGGCAUCGUUCGCGCAGGCAAGGGCAGGACGGCCGUCGCGCAGGGUGCCCGUCAGAGCGUCGGAGACAGGGCACCCCUCCGGUGGUAAGAUCGGCGCGAUGGCCACCAUAGCCGACGACGACGACUCGAGCUCGGUGGCGACGAAAGCGAACGCCCAAGCAUACAACAAUGGCCUGAUCAGGCGCGUGGUGUCCGGAGCUUCCGGGAUGCCCGACGUCUCCGCGUACAUCUUCGCGCUCUUCAACGAGGACGGCAAGGGAGGGGCGUCCAUAGAGCGCAACUUCGGGCUCUUCUACCCGGACAUGACGAAGGUGUACGAGGUCGACUUCGUCCAUGGCGCCCCCGGCAGCAGCCCCGGCACGGCCGCGAGCUGGUGCGUGGCGAACCCGUCGGCCGGGGACGCGCAGCUGCAGGACGCGCUGGACUACGCGUGCGGCCACGGCGCGGACUGCGGCGCGAUCCAGCGCGGCGGCCGGUGCUUCAGCCCGGACACCAAGGCCGCGCACGCGUCGUACGCGCUCAACGACUACUACCAGCGGAACGGCCGGGCCGCCGGGGCGUGCAACUUCGGCGGCGCCGGCAUCAUCGUCUACCAGGCACCUAACCUCUGCGACCCCAACCAGGCAAGCUGGUGUGUGGCGAAGGCGGAGGUCGGCGACGCGCGGCUGCAGGCGGCGCUGGACUACGCGUGCGGCCAUGGCGCGGACUGCAGCGCCAUCCAGCGCGGCGGGCGGUGCUUCGACCCGGACACCAAGGUCGCGCACGCCACCUACGCCUUCAACGACUACUACCAGCGGAACGGGCGAGCCACCUCGGCGUGCGACUUCGGAGGCGCCGGCUCCGUUGUCUACCAGGCACCGACGAUAGGCCACUGCGUACUCCCAUCCAAGACCUGACCUGAAGAAAGGCCAAAAGCGGUAUCGGAGCCGCAGAGACUGAAGGCUGAUUACCUGUUCAUGAUAUGAGAUAUAUACAUGAAUAAAUUUUGAGAAUUUUUCUCAUCCUUUAGGAUGUUCCAUAAGAUAUCAUUAUUUUCUAUGUAAAAUUUGCUAUCUUGUAGUAUCUAAGGUAU